UUUUUUUUUUUAAUUUUCAAAUAAUGGAUUUAUUAAAGAGAAAAUUUGAUCAAGUUGAAGACGAAGACGAAUGGGAAAGAGAAGUAGAACGUUUUCCAAAACGACAACGUAAUCCAUACACCACCCAAAUCAGCAUUCUAGAUAAGCAAUACACUGACCUGACGGAAAUAUACAAUGACCUUCAAAAACAACUUCAUGGCUUAGAAAAUGAAUUAGCAGAGCUUCAGCAAGAAGAAGAAACAACAGACGAAAACAUUGAUAAACUAAAGCAACAGCAUGACGACAUAUUAAAUACUAUCAUGGAGUCAAUAGAUGAAGAGAUUGAUAGUCAAGAAGAGGAAGACUACUUUGAAAACGAUGAGGAACUAUCUCUGACGAUAAAUCACGUGCUAAAGGACUGGCAAUCCAUACUAGAAAAGGAGGCAACGAUAGAUGACAUAGACUUGGAGCUAGAUAAUCUAGGUCAUUCAUUUCAAGCAAAUGAAUUUGAUAUCAUUGAUUUGAAUGCUCAAAUCGAAGGAUACAAAUCGCGUAUACAGUGUCUAUAUGAUGACAGGGAGAUAAUGACUGGUUUACCUCAAGUGCUUUCAAUGUUAGAAUCAAACAUAAAAGAGUAUCAGGAUGAGAUAGAUUCCGCUAACAAGAUGCUUGAAAAAUUUGAAAAAGAUACCAUCCGUCCGUGUUUAAUACGCUUAAAUGAGUUGAACAUAAAUAUACCCUUGGGACAAUUACAACAAAGGAAAGAUAUCGCAACUAUGAAGGAUCUGUUACAUGACUUGGAUAUGAUCUAUAGUCUAUCACUUAAACAAAGAGCAUACCAACAACUAACAUCUUAUAUAUAUGAUGACGAAUCAGAAGAUGACACGUAAACAAAUGAUGCCUUGAGCCUAAGCACUGUAAAAAAGAAAGAAAGAAAGAAAG